AUGAACACCUCAGCAGCGCUGUUUAACAACUCCACAAACGCGGGGCUCCAGCUUGGCCAGAACAACGGCAAUGUCGAGUUUCACAAUCAUCACGAACCAUCGCAAGCCUCGCGCAAUGAAGCGUGUCUACGGGAUCUUCGGAUAACCAAUCCUCGCGAUGACAAGGCCCGAAUCCAGGAUUUCAAGGGAGGCCUGCUUAUGGACUCAUAUCGUUGGGUUUUGAGCAACGACGAGUUCAGAAAAUGGCGAAAUCAUGGCGAGCCCGAUCGGAAUGUCAACGACCGCCUACUUUGGAUCCGCGCUGAUCCCGGAAAAGGAAAGACCAUGCUCCUCUGCGGGAUCAUUGAUGAAUUGAUAAAGGAGCUGCCCGGGACCUGCACAUUGUCGUAUUUCUUCUGUCAACAGAGCGAUGCUCGCCUGAACGAUGCAACAUCCGUCUUGCGAGGCUUAAUUUUUCUACUCGUGAACCAAAGGCCAGAUCUGCUCUCCUAUAUCCGGCCGCGCUACGACGUGGAAGGGAAAGCGCUUUUCGAAGAUACAAAUGCUUGGUACGCUCUAUCGAAGAUAUUCCACGACAUUUUAGGAGACCGGAGUUCAGAGACAACUCUUUUGAUCAUCGAUGCUCUAGAUGAGUGCAGCACCGGCCUGCCGUUGCUGCUUGAGCUAGUGAAACGGUCAACAGAAAAUCCUCGUGUCAGGUGGAUUGUUUCGAGUCGGAAUUGGCCCGAUAUUGAGAAGCAAUUGACGGCUACAUACUGCUCCACUUUGUCUCUCGAGUUGAACGAGAAUUCUGUUGCUGCCGCUGUGAGGACCUAUAUUCGGAUCAAGGUGGACUUUCUCGCAGCGCUGAAUGGGUACGAUGAGAACACGAAAGACCUUACCAGAGACUAUUUGACGUCAAACUCCAACGAUACAUUUCUGUGGGUUGCCUUGGUCUGUGAGAGGCUUGCGAAAACAUCUGUGUGCGACGUGGAAACUAUUCUCACAUCAUUCCCUGCGAGUCUCGAUGAUUUGUACAAGCGCAUGAUGCGCGACAUCGAAAACUCAGAAAGUCGACAGCUGUGCCAAGGGGUUCUCGCCACUGUCUGUACCGCAUACCGGCCUCUGGCAGUUGAAGAGCUACCAGUACUUACCGAUCUACCCUCACGAAUCUCGACCGAUUCUCGGAUGAUAGCGCAGAUUAUUAAGCUCUGUGGCUCAUUCUUAUCUAUUCGGGAAGACACUAUUUACUUUGUUCAUCAGUCUGCUAAGGACUUCUUGCUGACAUCCAAUCUUAUAAUACCAGCCGGUUCUGGGAUGGAACAUGGUAGAAUUUUCUCUCGGUGCAUCAAGGAAAUGAAUCAGACACUUCGACGUAACAUUUUCAACAUUCAAAAUCCAGGAUGUCGAGUCGAGGACAUCUGUCGCCCUACACCUGACCCCUUGGCACGAGCACGUUACUGUUGCACAUAUUGGAUCGAUCAUUUCUUAAAUGCAGAUCCUAGCAGAACGAUCGACUUGUCUGCAAACGGCCCGAUCCAGCUCUUCCUAGAACAGAAACUACUUUACUGGCUCGAGGCUCUUAGCAUUCUCAGGCAGCUUACUGGUGGAAUUGGAGGCAUGCUCGAGCUUAAUAGCUUUCUUCAGAAAGCGAAGUGCUCGGACAAACUGUCAAAUCUUGUCAUGGAUAUUUCCCGCUUCAUGCGCGAGUUCAAGGUCCCAAUCGAAACCAGCCCGCUCCAAGUCUAUAGUUCAGCACUCAUUUGGGCCCCAAAUCGGAGUCUGGUCAAAGCGCUUUACCAGCACGAAAGAGCAACAUGGAUUACCAAAAUCCCCAUGGUCGAGGAGAAUUGGAGUCGUUGUAUCAAUACCAUUGUGGGCGACGACGGUGAUUUUGCUCAAAUUGGUUGGUCACAGGAUGGUGACCGGCUGCUAUGUCGGGCAAGAGACCUGACUGUGAGCAGCUGGGAUCCCGGAACUGGACAAUAUGGCGGUCGUCUUCUGUGGGAUGUUACCGAAACUCCUGAUCAAGGUAGGCAACCUGUAAACCUCGAUCGUGGUUUACUCAUACAUUGCUGCGUGGUCAUCUGGAAUUUGGCCACUUGGGGACUCGGACAUGUGCUGGAAGGACACGCCGUGAAGAUCAGAGAAUUUAGCUGGUCUCCCGAUUCAACAAGACUCGCGACAAGUGAUUUUGAUAGUACAAUUAGGAUUUGGGAUCCAAAACUCGGAAUAUGUCUCUGGACGUUCGGAGGAGACGGAACCUUCUGUUACGACCACUGCUGGGCUCCCGACGGAAAUCGACUUGCAUCCUACUCAUUUGGCUUGAUCAGGAUCUGGGACACAACGCCAACCAGAAACUUCCCAGAUUUUGCAGAGCAUUCUGUUCAGGUGGCAGCAAGGACUCACUCACCUCACCGCCGGGCUUUGGCGUACGUUCGAUCCCAAUUCACGAAGUUACGAAGAAAGGCCCUCGACCAGAGAAUCCCACGCUCACCAGCCAAUCGUGGCUGGAUUAUGUCGCUCUAUUGGUCGCAUGGUAGAGCUCGUGUUGCGUCACUAACCAGGGAGGGUAUUCUUGAGAUUUGGAACACGGACACUGGUUACAGAGUUUGCAAAAUCGAAGAUAAUUUUUUCUAUCUUAAGGAACCCGGGUCCUUUGCCUGGUCGCCGGACGGGUGCCAACUAGCAUCAGCAGAAGGUGGAACCGUUAGGAUCUGGGAUUUCGCCACCGGGAAAUGCCUAAGGGAACUGCACCAUUCUGAUCUGCUUCAGACGCUGGCCUGGUCUCGCGACGGACAGAAAGUCGCAUCGGUAUCCAAGCGUGAUCGUACAGUUAGACUUUGGGAUCUCGCCACGGGACAGUAUCUUGAGCUUCGCGACCCGACCGAACAAGACGAUUUAUCUUUCGCUCGUCAAUGGCAUGUUACAUGGUCUCAUGACAACAGUCGCAUCGCCUGGGGAUACAAUCAAUAUGGCUUUCUCUAUGACGCAGUCAACGGAAUGCAUAUCGGCUCCCUAGAAGUCUAUGCCUGGAAACACGACGAGUUUGAUCAACCUUUACUGGAUAUAUGUGAUACCAGCCUUAUAUUCAAUAUUUGGGACUUUAUCAUAUCUAGAUCCGCCGGUGCUGUCGUUGGGUAUGGGAUUUCCUUCGAUAAUUCGUGGAUUACUUGGAACGGAGACAAUCUGCUGUGGUUGCCCUGGCAAUAUCGACCGCGCCUCAAAUCUUGCAUGCGCAAUUCGGGGGCGACUGUGGCGAUUGCAUGUUGGUCUGGUCGAGUCAUCUUUCUCUCAUUCGCAGAGAAUCCACUUUCUUGAGUCCCCGUGGUGUCUAUGUGCGCUUGAGUGCCCGCCAAGCCAGUAGAAGAUCCGCCACAAGUCAUU